GACAAAUAAAAUGUUUUUAUAUGUUAUUGAUGUCUGUAUUGAUGUCUGUAUUGAUGACAACAAUAACUAAAUGAUUGAUAACUUGAAACUUAUUUAAAAGGAUUAAUCAAUUGAUUAGAUUUGAUGACCGAUUCUACCAUCGAUUAAGCCUUUUAUAAGUUGUGAUCACUUCUUGAUAAUCAAUGUCCGGACCAUUAGGUGACAGUCAGUCCUCAGACGACGCCAUAACCCGUAAGUUUAACGCAACAAAUGCUAAAAGGAUUGCAUUGCUUGUCGUCAUUGCGUUGAUUGCAUACCACGGAGUACUGCACUUGACUUACGGUAUUAAAUCAUGUAAAUGGCUCUUAAGUGACGGAAGUUUUCAUGGAUUCGGCGAUUAUAGUGUUUGGCAGCCGUACGGAUGUAUGAUUCAUACAUAUAAUAAAAUUGAUAGUCGGAUGUGUUUGCGAUACAUUGCCUAUUGGGGCGGAAAGAAUCACAUCGUGUUUUUAGGCGAUUCCCGUAUAAGACAACUAUACUAUGCCUUUAUCAAGACAUGUGUUCCCAAUGAGAAUCUCAUUAACACUGCCUACCCGGCCCACCAUGACUUAGAAUAUAAGGAAAGAGAUCUUAAACUUGAUGUGCGCUUCCUUUGGCACCCAGUUGUCAACGAAUCGAUGACCAAAGUUUUCACCCAAUGGCUUUCGCUGCAAGUGUCUGAACGACCUAACCUUAUAGUGAUGGGAAGUGCCACCCAUUCAAUCAAAUCAAGCAAUGCCAGUGUCAAAGCUCUUGAAUAUUACCGCAAGAAUCUCACAUUACUUAUGCCAAGUUUGGACAAACUAAGCGCUUCCAGCAAAAUACUUUGGGCUCUUCAAGAUCCAGUGUCAUCGGAAAAAUUGGAUGUCGGAAGGGUUAUGAUUACUAAUGAACAAAUAGAUGCAUAUAAUAAGGCUGCGAUGGAAAUACUUAAAUAUAGCAAUUCUAAUAACGUUCACAUCUGGAGCUCGGCUCGACUCGUGGCUCAGGGAUAUGCAUCAGAUCUGAGUAAUCCCAAUGAGGACGGCUUACAUACAAAUAACAAGGCUCUUAAUUUUGCCGCACAAAUAUUAUUUAAUAUGUAUUGUAACGAUCAGAUGAAUUAUAAUGACGGAACCUGUUGUAGUGAUCCCGAAAUAAUGACAACAUUGCAAAUAAUUGUGUUUAUUGUCUUCACAUUAUUUAUAGUAAUCGCAACCGUUAUCCUAAUUCAUAGAAAAUAUUUUGCAAGAAAAUCAUAUAAAUGGCAUCUUUUGGUUAAUGAAGAAUUAGAUGAAUUAACAGAUAAUAAUAAUCCAAGAGUUUUGAACACAGAAAUCAAAUCAUACUCCGAACUGAUGAUAUGUUUAGCAAAAAUAGCUUUAAUUAUGUUUUAUUUUUUCCUAUGCGACAGAACCAACUUUUUUAUGAAAGAAAAUAAAUACUUCACUCGACCCAACUUUUUCCUACCAAUUGCUUAUGUUUUUGCUUUGGGUCUCUUCUUUACAGAAGAAUCUUCGCAUACUAUUGUCUUACAUCGCGACCAAACAGAUGAACUUAAAGGAUGGAUGCAAAUGAUAAUAUUGGCUUAUCAUUAUACCGGUGCCUCUCAAGUAUUGACCAUUUAUAUGCACAUACGUGUGUUGGUAACGACAUACUUAUUCCUCAGUGGUUUCGGACAUUUUACAUAUUUUUGGCAAACAGGAGACAUUAGUUUUCAUCGCUUGUGGAAGGUUAUAUUUCGCAUAAAUUUGUUGGUUGUAUGUCUAUGUCUUGUAAUGAACAGACCGUAUCAGUUCUACUACUUUGUACCGCUGAUCUCGUUCUGGUAUUUAGUCAUUUACACCACAUUUUAUGCCAUUCCACACGUAACGGCUGCCAGUGCUGAAGCGAAUCCAAUUCAAUAUCUUUAUAUGGUAUUGAAGUUUGUAGUAUUGUUCAGCAUUGUUACCAUUCUAUAUAUGUCCGAAGUAUUCUUCGAAAAGAUUUUUUUGACGCGUCCGUGGAAGGCGUUGUUUGUUACCACCGAUGACUCCAUUAAAGAAUGGUGGUUCAGAUGGAAGAUUGAUAGAUAUAGUGUUCCGGCCGGUAUGCUAUUCGCUUUUGGCUAUCAUUUACUUAAGAAGCAUCACAUUAUUGAUGACAACCAUCACGGAUACCUGUUUUCAAGAGGAAUAGGAUUUAUUGUUGCCAUUGCAUCAUUUGCUGGUAUUAUGAUGUAUGUUAUAUUUACAAUGAUGUGUCGCAAUAAGCCUGAAUGCAAUGAAAUACAUCCAUAUAUUUCAUUUAUACCGAUUGUUUCAUACAUAAUAUUGCGUAACAUAUCAGGUCUGUUACGGGUCCGUCACAGCACUUUCUUUGCAAGAAUCGGCAAAAUAUCUCUUGAACUAUUUAUAUGUCAAUAUCAUAUAUGGUUAGCGGCUGAUACUCACGGAAUCCUAGUACUGGUACCCAGUUAUCCAGUUUUAAAUGUGGUCAUCACAUCAUUUAUAUUUAUAUGUAUCGCCCAUGAGAUUCAUAAAGUGACUCAAAAGAUGGUUAAAUAUGCCAUUCCUUCUGAUUGGAGAUAUACGACAAGAAAUAUAAUCAUAUUUUUACUAUUUUUAAUUCCUAUCGGAAUUAAAGACGGAAUGUUUUAGUCCAAUAUCUGUGAU